CAAACAGCCAUCCGCUAGCUACUUUAGCAUCAAGCUGGGGGAGACGCUAACUCUCGGAAAGACUGAAACAUUUGUCCAAGCUUCUUUGGCUAUGUUCUUCGCUUGAUUUUUUUUUUUUUUUUACUGAAGUUACCAGUCGCCCGAGUGACUAAAUCGGAGGCCCGCUUUAAGAUGCAGUUCAUGCUGUUGUUCAGCCGGCAGGGAAAACUGCGGUUGCAGAAAUGGUAUGUGCCUCUGUCCGACAAGGAGAGGAAGAAGAUCUCCAGAGAUCUGGUCCAGACUAUACUGGCCAGGAAACCCAAGAUGUGCAGCUUCUUAGAGUGGAGGGACCUCAAGAUUGUGUACAAGAGAUAUGCGAGCCUGUAUUUCUGCUGUGCAGUAGAGGAUCAGGAUAACGAGCUGAUCACCCUGGAGAUCAUCCAUAGAUAUGUGGAGCUGCUGGACAAAUAUUUUGGCAGCGUGUGUGAGCUGGAUAUUAUCUUCAACUUUGAGAAGGCCUACUUUAUCCUGGACGAGUUCCUGCUGGGCGGAGAGGCCCAGGAAACAUCCAAGAAGAAUGUGCUGAAAGCCAUCGAGCAGGCUGACCUGCUGCAGGAGGAGGCUGAGGCACCACGGAGCGUUUUAGAAGAAAUUGGGCUGACAUAAAUCAUCACCCUGCUGCCUCGCAAGUUCUUUCAUCCAGAUGUAGAUCUGUCUCUAUCCUGUCUUCUUCUGUUCACUGUGCCAGUGUUGUAUGUAUAUAUUCACCAUCUAUGUACUGUAUUACUCUGCACUGUACUAUCCUGUAAUGUCUUUCAAUGUGGUGCCAAAUGUGGUUUUAAUGUGUCUCCUUAUGUACAAGCUCCCUCUCUGUAUUCCUCAGUACUAUCAGCAUCACUUCACUCCCCUAACUUCUUAAAACUCCACAGAGAACAAUGUAGCGACGACAUGAAAACUCCAACAUCAUCAUAAUAAGGUCAUGGAUCAUCACUGAUUGCAGAGUUAUAUGUGUUGUUUGGCCUCAAGAACUUUUUAAGGUGCUGUUGUAGCUGUUGGUGCUUUUUGUGUAUUACUAUUCAAAGUAAGAGAGCAUCUGAUUUUACGAAAGAAUAAAUACUCAGCAAUCUUUGAAAAACCCAGAAGGUCAUUUAACAAAAUCUACAGCUGUUCAGGUGUUUCCACAAUUCUAAAAGACUCCUCUACCCAUCUGAAUAAAAAAAAAUAUUCUGUUUGCUGCACAAGAAAAAAAAAAGACCCUUUCUGUAAUCAUAAAAUACUGGAAA